AUGUCAUGGCUUUCUUCAUUAGAAAUUGACGUCUUUGACAGGCACAUUAACGACCUUAUGCAGUGCAAGCCACUUGCGGAACUUGAAAUUAAACUUCUGUGUGAAAAAGCUAAAGAAAUUUUAGCUGAAGAGUCCAAUGUGCAAGCUGUAAAGUGCCCUGUGACUGUGUGUGGGGAUAUUCAUGGGCAAUUCUUUGAUUUGUUAGAAUUGUUUAGAAUUGGUGGGAAAACUCCAGACACAAAUUAUCUGUUUACAGGGGAUUAUGUGGAUAGAGGAUAUUACUCAGUCGAAUCUGUUUCGCUAUUGGUUUGUCUUAAGGUCAGAUAUCGUGACCGCAUCACGAUUACUCGUGGAAACCACGAGUCAAGACAGAUUACACAGGUUUAUGGGUUUUAUGAUGAGUGUAUGAGGAAGUACGGCAAUGCAGCUGUGUGGAAAUAUUUUACCGAUCUUUUUGAUUAUUUGCCUAUAGCAGCGCUGGUUGAAAAUCAAAUUUUCUGUGUUCAUGGAGGGCUAUCUCCUUCUAUUGGCACGUUAGACCAUAUCAGACAACUGGACAGAAUCCAAGAAGUCCCAAAUGUAGGGCCUAUGUGUGACUUAAUGUGGUCAGACCCUGAGGAAAGAAGUGGUGGCUGGGCUAUUUCUCUUCGUGGAGCUGGGUUCACUUUUGGAAAAGACAUAUCAGAACAAUUCAAUCAUACAAAUAACUUAACUCUAAUUGCCAGAGCCCAUCAACUAGUUCAGCAAGGCUAUGACUGGCAGCACGAGCGUCAUGUUGUAACGAUUUUUUCAGCACCCAAUUAUUGCUAUAUAUGUGGAAACCAAGCAAGUAUCUUACUCCCCCUCCGUGAGUGAAACAAAACCAUUGGAAAAAUCGCUAUUUUUUGCCAAAAAAACCCACCCUCCGUUAGCGAACAAAAAUUUUUUUAAUAGAAAAAAUUUUUUAUGAAAAAAAAUUUGAUAUAUAAGUGAUAAUUAGUAUAAUGAAAUCUCUGUUUAAUUUUAAACAAAUUGCGUUUUUAAAACAUAAAUUUUAUAAAUUAAAUUAAUAUUUGCUUCCAAAUUUUUGCAAAUUAGGAUUUUUUAAAUUUUUUUGCUCACUCACGGAGGGGGAGUUAGAAAUUGAUGAAAACUUGAAGUUUAAUUUCCUUCAAUUCGACCCAAACCCUCAGCAAAAUAAGCGAAACCAAUUCAGGAUAACUCCAGAUUAUUUCUUGUAA